CAAUACGAAGAAGCCCACAGUAAUAACCAAUAUGGCUGUAGACAGAGAAGUAUAAAAUGUGUUACUUGAAAACCAAGCUGAUUUAACACAUUAUCCACCGUAUUACAUUACCGUCGUGUUUAAGAAUCAGUAUAAAAAAAGUGUUAUUGCUUUAGCCAAAAACGGAACCGUGGAGUCAGAAUGAGCAAUAUUUAUAUUCAAGAGCCUCCAACGAAUGGAAAGGUGCUGAUGAAAACAUCAGCAGGUGAUAUUGACAUCGAGUUGUGGUCCAAGGAGGCUCCGAAAGCAUGCAGGAACUUUGUGCAGCUGUGCAUGGAAGGAUACUAUGAUGGCACAAUAUUCCACAGAUUGGUGCCUGAAUUCAUUGUUCAAGGUGGCGAUCCAACUGGGACGGGGACAGGUGGAGAGUCCAUCUAUGGUCGUCCAUUCAAGGAUGAAUUUCACUCCCGACUGCGCUUCAUUAGAAGAGGCUUGGUUGCCAUGGCCAAUGCUGGGCCACACGAUAACGGCAGUCAGUUUUUCUUCACUUUAGCACGUGCAGAUGAGCUCAACAACAAACACACCAUAUUUGGCAAGGUGACAGGAGACACGGUUUACAAUUUGCUCAGAUUAACAGAAGUCGAAUGUGACCAUGAUGAAAGACCUCUAAAUCCUCACAAAAUCAGAACCACUGAGGUGCUUCACUCUCCUUUUGAUGACAUUGUGCCUCGUGAAUCAAAGAAAACCAAAAAGGAAAAGGAAAAAGAGGAGGGAAAGAAAUCACAGUCCAAAGCCACAAAGAACUUUAGUCUUUUAUCCUUUGGAGAGGAAGCUGAAGAGGAAGAAGAGAUGGCGAGUCAAGUCAGCCAGACUUUUAAAGGGAAAAGUAAAAGUAGUCAUGACCUACUGAAAGAUGAUCCCCAGCUGAGUUCUGUUCCAGCAGUUGAUAAGAAGAAAAAGAAAGGAACACCAGGAGAGGCAGCUGAGUCAGAUGAGGACAAGGUCGAAGGUGAUGCUGACAGUGACUUGGACGAAGACGAAGAAUACGAUUCUGAUCAGAAAGAGAAGAUGAGAGACCUCAUCAAUAAAAAGCUGAAGAAAGACAAAGGCACAGUAGUGACAGAUGAGCCCAAUGAGGAAGACCGAGGGAAGAAGCCAAGCCGCAGCGAGGAAUUACGCAAAGAAGUGCGACAGCUGAAAAAGGAUCUGCAGGCCAUAAAGCAAAGGAAAGAAGAAAGUUUAAAACCUCCUGUUGAUGAAGUCAAGGAGGAGGAAAAAAAGCCAUCCAAUGAGGCAGUGGCUGAAUACCUGGAGGGAAGAAAGAAGUAUGAAGAGCUGAGGAAACAGAAACUGAAGAAGGGCUCAACCAGAGAGCAACAGACACUGGCCCUUCUGAGUAGCUUCAAGUCCAAGUUAUCUUCGGCCAUCACUGACACUCCGGAGGAAGAUGUGGGGGAGCUGGCUGAAGAUGAGGACACAGGAUGGUCAGUAAGCCUGAUAAGAUUAGCAUGUUGUCAUUUGUCUCCAUUUUGUUUAGUUGAUUUCAUGGAUCAAUGUGAAAUCAAGAUCUCUCUGAGUGUGUUUGUCCUGAGCCAGACUCGUGUCCAACCAUGACGUCAGUUUAAAGUGGAGAAAGUGUGCGUGGUGUUUAGUGGAGACGGCUAUCUCCCAGGUGACAGAGUCAUCGACACAGGAAGUCGUUUAUCUUCAUUGAAAAGAUUGUCGUCAGUGCCAUUAUUCACACAAGCUCAGUUUGAAAAAUAGAAAUAUGUUGUCAUCGAAGAAAAAGUUCAGCGUAGCGUUCGCUCGUUGUGGAUCUGUGUCGAGAUCCAAGUCUGUGUCGGAGGUUUUCAACCUCCAAAUGUUUCUGACUGAAAAAUCUUGUGACACUUCUCAACAGCAAGACAAAUAAACCCAGCCACCGUCAGUGCUCCUUCAGAAGCUCCACCUCACACAUUCAUACAUAGUUCAUCCUCUCAUCCCUGGACAGCAGAAGACUUUUGAAUGAAUUUAUUUUAUUUCAGAUUAAAGUAUUGUACAGUACUGUAGUAUACUGUAUAUGACCUCCCUAUGCAAAUGCCAAAAUCAGAGAAGUAGAAGUAAGAGAAAUUAGACAUGACACCAAUGUUCAGUCUGUGUUCGCAGUAACUUUGUGUGGCGCCGCAACAGAUCCUGAGCUUUAACUCAUCCCGUGUCUCACGGUCUCACAAAAAGUCGAUGUCCACAUUUAGUUAAAAAUGACACAACAUUUCCGAGGCUGUUUCUCUUCUUAAAUUAGAUUCUGACAUCACAAUUGCUAAUAUCACAUCUGUCACGUUAGCUGAGCAAGAGUCAACUGUAGAUAAACUGUGAGGAGGUCAUGGGCCAGAUGAAGCUGGUUUGUAGGCCAGAUCCUGCCCCAGGGCCUUAUGUUGCCCAUAUGUGCAACUAUAUCAAUAGCCUACCUUAGUCAUAGGAAGGGGUCAUGACAACAAACGAAAGUGUAAGGUGCUUUAGACCGACAUCGAGACUGGAGAAGGACAACGUAUACAUCAGUAUAGACCAUUUACGGAAUACUUUUUCCAUUUUACGUUUAAGCACGUCUUAUCUGACAUUACAGUGAUUUCACUGCUUUUAUGAUAAACAUGCAGCAGACCGAGUCAAAUAGCUGGCGUGUGAGCUGCCCCGCUCAACUUUAAAUCACUGACACUGUUCCCCCGUAGCAAAUAUUAGCAGCAGAGUCCUGCGGGCUCCUGGAGAGUUCAAGAAGCAGUUUGGCAAACGCAUUGUUUUACGGACAGUGAAUGUCGAGCGUGACAAGUUGGCACGAAAAAAAGCCCUUUUCAUUAGCCUCUACUGGUUUUACACUGUUAUUCUAUUGAUCCACAGGCUCGGAGGGGAUUGUGUAAGAAACAGCUUAUUACAAUAGUGAGACCACUGCAAACUGAAAACCUCUUUGGUUUGGGGAUGAUGAACCUGACCGUUUAACAGAUCUAGAGCUCACCUCAGGUUCUGAUAAAUGUGUGUGAAAGUUCAAGUAAGUGUGUGUGUGUGUGUGUGUCAAGGUGGGAUUUCACCCCGCAGCCACCAGAUUGGCCAUCAGGAAAUCGGCCCUGACGCUGUGUUUUCUUCUCAUAUUCUGUUUUUCACCAAAGAUCUCAAAGUCUAACUACACAGGGUGAGGGGUUUGAAAUGAAUACCAUGUGUUUGAAUCCCAGCAAAGUGUCUGUGUGUGAGAGAUGUAGAAUAACAAAAUCUGUAGUUGCUAUUAGUCUCGAGAAGCCCCCUUGAAGUAUACGUCUGUCUGCGUGUGGGGGCCCUAAUGAAUUUGAGAGAAGCCUUGGCUGGCGCUCGGAGCCUCUCCCGGCCGUAAGUCGCCUCACUGUGCCC